AAUUCAUUUCAUUGUCAAUUGAACGUUUCGGGAGUACAUAGCGUAACGGUCGAACAUCAUCCGUUCAAUUAAAUUGUAAAAUAAAAUGUUUCUAGUAUUAGUUUCAAUUCUGUUAAUUGGUGGCUCAUAUUUCUACUAUUGGGCCACCAAAAAUAACAACUAUUUCAAGGAACGAAAUUUGGACUAUGAAAAACCAAUAUUUCUCUUCGGCAAUGGUCUGGAGAUAUUAAUGCGACGUAAAACCGGGUUUCAGGUUCUGUGUGAAUUGCAUCAGCGGCACAAGGGAAUGGUCUACGGCGCCUUUGACAAUCGCCAGCCAUUGUAUAUGAUCCGCGAUCCGGACUUGGUAAAACAGGUACUGAUCAAAGAUUUCGAUCACUUCGUCAAUCGCCAGUCAUUUGCCGCAAAUAGUGACAAUUUCAUUGCAAAUUCCCUAUUCAUGUUGGAGAACGACAAAUGGCGCGACAUGCGAAGUACCCUGAGUCCAGCUUUUACCGGCAGUAAAAUGCGUCAAAUGUUGCAGUUGAUUUUACAAACCGUCGAUGAGGCAAUGUCUUAUUUGAGGGCACAACAAACGGCCACAGAUGGUUUCGAUGUCGACAUCAAAGAUAUGACAACACGCCUCACCAAUGAUAUCAUUGCCUCGACAGCGUUUGGUCUGCAAGUGAACUCAUUUCGUGACAAAGACAAUGAAUUCUAUAUUAAGGCCAAAAAAGCCAUCAAUUUUACGGGGCUACAACAAUUCAAAAUGAUUUUCAUGAUGGUCUUCCCCAAGUUGGCAGAGAUUUUAUCCAUCGACAUUUUCGACAAGGAAUUUACCAAUUAUUUUAUGCAUCUGGUGUUGGAUGCCAUGAAAUAUCGCCAGGAACACAACAUACAUCGUCCGGACAUGAUCAAUUUGCUGAUGGAGGCCCGUGGCAUGAUACCCACCGAGAUACAGAAAACCCAUUUUCGCCAAUGGUCCGAUAUAGAAGUGGUUUCACAAUGUUUGAUAUUUCUGUUUGCCGGCUUCGAACCAUCAUCGAGCGUCAUGAGUUUUGGUGCCCAUGAGUUAAUGGAAAAUCCGGAGGCCCAAGAGAAGCUCUAUAAAGAAAUUCUAGAAGUUCAUGAGGAGCUGCAAGGUGAACCUGUGACCUAUGAGAUUCUGCAGAAAAUGCCCUACAUGGAAAUGGUCGUGUCGGAGGUGUUGAGAAAAUGGCCGGUGGCCUUGAUAUCGGAUCGUUCAUGUACCAAGGAUUUUGAAUAUGAAUCCCCUGAGACAGGGGAGCGUAUUACCAUUAAGAAGGGAGAAAAGUUGCGCAUAUCCAUGUGUGGCAUACAACGUGAUCCGAAAUACUAUGAGAAUCCUGAUGCCUUCGAUCCGGAACGUUUUAGUGUUGAGAAUAAGGGAAAAAUUGAGGUUGGCACAUAUUUACCCUUUGGCUUGGGUCCACGUAAUUGUAUUGGAAAUCGUUUUGCUUUGCUGGAGAUUAAGGCUUUCCUUUACUACCUUGUACGUGAUUAUCGUCUAGAAGUGAGUCCCAAAACGUCUCAACCUUUGACUCUGGAUCCAGCCAGCAUGCAGUUGUUGCCCAAGGGAGGCUUUUGGCUUAAAUGCAUACCAAGAAAAAGUUAAAUAAUUUGUUUUGAUUUUUUUGUUGUUAUUUUUUGGUUUUUAAUAAAAUUGCAUAUCUAUAAUGGAAACUAA